AUGGUAGUUGUAGCUGUGGCUGGAGGAACUGGAGGGGUAGGGAAGACAAUCGUUGAGACCCUGGUGCAAGAACCACAUCACCAAGUCAUCGUGUUGACGCGCAGCGACUCAAGAAUCGAUCCAGCAGACAAGUCCCAACACGUAAAGGUGGACUACAAUGAUAUCACCUCUCUCAUCCAGACCCUCGAGCAACAUGCCAUCCACACCAUCAUAUCCGCCAUCGGUAUCUUCGAUGAUUCCACCAGCCAGUCCCAACUGAACCUCAUUCAUGCCGCGGAGAAAUCGACCACCACCAAGCGCUUCAUCCCCAGCGAGUACUCCUUCAUCCAAACCAAAGACCUCCUCCCCAUCGAUCCCAGCAUCCAACACUGGCUGGACGCCGCCACACUCCUCCAGAGAAGCCAUCUACAGUACACGCGCGUCAUCCCGGGCUUCUUCAUGGAUUACUGGGGGAUGCCCGUCGCGCGCACCCAUCUCGCGCCGUGCACCUUCGGCAUCAACGUCCAGGAGUGCCAGGCCGCGAUCCCCGGGGACGGGGAAGAUGUCAUCGGGAUGACCUACACGUACGACAUGGCGGCGUUUCUGGUCCGCAUGCUGGAGGCGGACGAAUGGCCGGAGUUCAGUGUGGUUGUGGGGGAUGAGGUGACGUAUAACGAGAUGCUGCGGAUGGCGGAGGAGAUACGAGGUCGGAAGUUCCAGGUGGUCUAUGAUAGUAAGGAGAGGAUUAGGGAGGGGAGGGUGACCGUGCCUCCCAUGCCUGGGAAUACUUUUUCCUCGCAGGAUGCACAGGAGCUGACUGCGUUGGUGAGCCGGCUUACGAUUGCCGGGGUGUUUCAACUGCCUGCUGAAGGCCGGCUCAACGAUAAGUUUCCUGACAUUCGGCCCGUCAAAAUGAGACAAUUCCUGCAGGCUGCAUGGGCGGACUACAAGUGA